AUGUUCCGCGCAGCUCUGAAUCGUUCGCGGUCAUCCGCGCGCUCUCUCACGCGCGUGAACGUCCUCGCGACCCCACCGAUCGAUCGGUCGUCGAGUUCAAUGGGGACGAUUCGGAAUUACGCCUUGGUCCCAAUGGUGCUCGAACAAACGAAUCGCGGAGAGCGCGUGUUCGACAUUUACUCCCGACUGUUAAAGGAGCGCAUCGUGUUCAUCAACGGCCCGAUCGAUGACACCGCGAGCUCGCUCGCGGUGGCGCAGUUGUUGUUCCUCGAGAGCGCGUCGCCGACGGCGCCGAUUUGGAUGUACGUCAACUCUCCGGGAGGGAGCGUGACGGCGGGGUUGGGGAUCUACGACACGAUGCAGUACGUGUCGCCGCCGAUACACACGCUUUGUGUUGGACAGGCGAGUAGCAUGGCGUCGUUGUUGCUCGCGGCGGGGGCGAAGGGUGAACGAAGGAGUUUACCGAACUCGCGCGUGAUGCUGCACCAACCGAGCGGAGGGGCUUCGGGACAGGCGAGCGACAUCGCAAUUCACGCGCAGGAGAUCUUGAACGUGCGCGAAAAGUUGAUUCAUAUUUACAUGAAGCACACGAAUCAAGAGUACGAUAAGAUUGGGAUGACGCUCGAGCGAGAUACGUUUAUGAGUCCCUCGGACGCGUUGGAGUUUGGCUUGAUAGAUGAGGUCAUCGAACAUCGUGCAGCGGCGACCAAAGAGGAGUAA